AUGCCACCGAAGAGAAAGCCCGCAAUUGUUGUGGGCACUGUGUCGACUAGAUCGACUGCAAGACAAAGUGUGGUAAACAUUGAAAUCCCUCGAAGCAGAUCUAAAAGAGGCAGAAAACCUAGAAAUAGGAUUGAAUUUGAGGUGGAAGUUGAUGUAGAAGAAGUUCAAAGUGUUCCGGAGGCAAGUCAAGUUGUUAAAGAGAUUCUAGACGAGUGGUCUGAAAAGGAAAAUGAUACUGAAGCAUCAGAAAGUGAAGAUUUAUCUUUAAAUGAAUCUAAGUUAGAUUUGAGUUUAGACGAAGGUUCUCAAAGUAGUAGCGUACCAGAGAUAACAGUAGAGGUUAUAACAGUUGACGAAAAUGAAUUUAUUAUACAAGAAGAUGCAACUGAAGAGCCACCAGAAGUUUUUGUGGAAUGUUCUACAGAUGAUGUUGUUUCAAACAAUGGCAGUGAAUAUAGUGAUGCUAAAGACACAGUGGACCCAAUAGAAGAAGGAAAAGAUGAAAACACCAAUUCCAUGCCUAAAUCUGAAUCAUGUGAAGCAAUUUCUGAAGAAAAACAAGAAAUUGAAGAAACAACCUCAUCUCAAAAUUCUGAAGAAGCUCCAGAAAUAGAAGAAAUGGUGGUUGAUGAAGAAAUCCAGGAUCAACCAGAAACUGAAGAAAUGUUGGUACAAGAAGAAAACAUUGAAGAAGAAAACUCACAACAACAAGUUGAAGAAAUGGUUGUACAAGUAGAAAACGUUGAAGAAGAAAAUUCAGGACAACAAGCUGACGAAAUGGUUUAUGAAGAAAAACGUAAAGAUUUAGUUGAUGAAGAAUUAGUGGAGGAAUCGAUGAAGAAUAUUUCGCUAAAUGAAGAGGUGAGCAGUAGCAAUAUUCAGGAAGUGGAAGAAACAGAAAUAAAUGAAGAUCCAGUCAAUCAAGAAAAUGAAGAAUUAUCUGAAGAAUCUAACAAAAAUGAAGACAUUUUUGAUGACUCUAAAGAACAAGAAGAAAUUAAUAUAGUACAAUCAAUUUUGGAGCAAAACGAAGAAGAUGAAGAAAUUGACGACACUAAAUCUGAAAAUAUAGAAAUAACACCAGAAUCGAAAAAUCAAGGUAGUGAAGAAAUAAAAGAUUCAGUUGAGUUAGAGCUUGAAAAUACAGUUUUUUAUGAAGACACACCUAAAAUUAAAGAAUCAAAUAAAGAAGAAACGGAAAAAGAGGAAGAGAAAGAAGAAGAUCCUGGCGAAAUUUCUGAUGACAUAGACAAAAUAAGGGAACUUGUUAACCAGGAUUUAACCAUGGAGAAAGAAACUGUUGAAGAAGACAAAAAUGAAGACACAAACGAAGAAAAUGAGAACAAGGAAAUGGAAAUUAAGGAGAUGCUGGAAGAAAAUGAAGUUGAAUUAGAACCUUUAAAAAAUGAAGAAAAAGACACCCAAAUAGAAGACCAACUGCAAAAAAUGGAAGAAGACGAAUCGCCAAAAGAAGAUGAAAGGGAGGAAAUGGUUGAAGAAAUCCUGAAAGGCGUCAAGUUGAAGUUAGAGAGCUCGGAGAAAAAAACGAAGAAAAAGCAAAAAGAAUCUCCGAAAAAGACACCAAAAAAGAGCGAAGCCGCAGAGAAGAAAUCGCCGAAGGCAAAAAAGACUCCAAAUGAAAAAGCAACAAAGAAGACCACACCAAAAGUUGCAAAACCCAAAGUUGUUAAAGAGAAGAAAGAGAAAACUCCUAAAGAGUCGAGAAGCGGUAAAAAAUACAAGAAGAAAGUCGACAAAAAGGAGGAAGACAUUAAAAAUAAAGACGAGGAAGAGUCGAACGAGAUUCGAAGAUCGAGCAGAAUCAAAUCCAUAACAGUGCUGAAAAAGAAAACUAAAGGUCAUGGUUUGGUGAAAUCAAAAUCGGAGCAGUCUUUUUUGGAUGGCGAUGUUUCUGAAAACAGCAAUUCAGGUUUUACUGAUUCUGAAAGGAGCACGCCGUCUGCAUCUCCAAUGCCGAAAGAACGGUCCUUGGGAAAAACGCGUUGGUCUAAAUCGACGGAAAAUUUGGCCGAUAAAGAAGUUUCUCCAAUGGAUAUAAAUUUAUCCAACGUUAAACCAAAGGAAGAACAAGACGAGCAAGUCAAGUUGAGAUUGAAGCAAUUUGUUCACCUCAAAGAAAACUUGUUUCUGACCGACAGAUUGUCUUGCAAAGAAGCGAAAAAAAUGGCGUGCGAUUGUUUCUUGACUGAAGAAGAAAUGGAGGAGGGCGAGUAUGGUUGUGGUGAUGACUGUCUCAAUAGAUUGCUUAUGAUUGAAUGCGGUAAUCAAUGUCCCGUCAACGAUAGAUGUACCAAUAAACGUUUUCAAAAGGUGCAGUUCGCGCCAGUUGAAGUUUUUAAUACGCAGAAGAAAGGUUUGGGGUUAAGAGCUGCAGCAAAUAUACCCUAUGGUGAAUUCAUCCUGGAGUAUGUAGGCGAAGUCCUGGAUCCAGAUGAAUUCGAAAAACGGGCCGAACAUUACUCCACCGACAAAAACAUUCACUACUAUUUCAUGUCUCUGAGAGCCGACGCCAUAAUCGACGCGACCAUGAAGGGCAACAUCUCGCGUUUCAUAAACCACUCGUGCGAUCCGAACGCCGAAACGCAAAAGUGGACGGUAAACGGGGAAUUACGCAUCGGUUUCUUCAGCACGCGCACCAUUUUGGCCGGCGAGGAGAUCACUUUCGAUUACAGAUUCCAGCGGUACGGUAAAGAGGCUCAAAAGUGUUAUUGCGAAGCUGCGACUUGCCGAGGUUGGUUGGGCGAGAGACCGGACUCUUCCGACGAUGAAGAUGACGAGGAGGACGAAGAAACGGAAGCUAAGGUUGAAGAUGCAGACGUCACCAUAACAGAGAGUGACGAAGCGAUGGAUUCUUCAAUAGCUGAUGUUAAAUUGGAGGACUCCAAGAGCGAGGUGGUAGCUACUCCGGCUAAGAAAGUGCCAAGACGUAAACCUAGAAAGGAGAUGUUCGAAGAUAUGGAUCAAUUGGAGGAAGAAAUUGACACUCUAAUGGAAUCAGGAUUGAAAAACCAAGCGCAUACUCUUAAACUGAGCAGGUUGAUGGUGCGAGCCAAAGAAAUAUCGCAACGUGCGAAACUUCUGCGCGUCUUGCGCAGAGGUGAAUUGCCUUGUAGAAGAUUGUUCUUGGAUUACCACGGUCUUCGUUUGAUGCACGGUUACAUGAUUGACGCGCAACUCUCUGGGAAAACUUUCGAGCAAAUUCGAUUGGAAAUGUUGCAAACUUUAGCCAUGUUGCCGAUACCGAACAAAACCAUGUUGCAGGAUAGUAAAGUUCUCUCCACGGUGGCAAAUUGGGCGUCUGGAAAAGGCGUAACCUCUCCCGAUUCAGAUAGCAACUCGCCCCAAGAUCAGGAUGUUAAUAAAACGAAAACUGAUGAGGAAGAUAAUACGAAUUAUGGCGAAGAAAUUGUGGCGUUGGCAUCGAAGUUGCUUGAAGAAUGGUCAAAUUUGAAAGAAGUGUUUAGGAUACCGAAAAAAGAGCGUAUAGAACAGAUGAAAGAACACGAAAGGGAAGCGAACAAAAAAUACAUGCUGAACGCAGAACAAGAUGUGGAAAAAAGUCGAUCUACCAGCAGAUAUUUAGGAAAAUCGAACCCAAAGGUCGAGAAAGAGAUCUUCAAGAAAAAAAUGGACGAAAGAGAAAGAGUUUUGUCCAUGUACAAAAUAACGAAGAUUGAAAGAAGAAAGCUGUUCGCUCUGCAAGUAGAGUUGAAAGAGGAGGAGAGGAGGAGAAAACAGCGCGAGCAAUGGAGAGAACACGAAAGGAACUGCAUUCUUAUAGGAGCCGACCCCAGAUUGACUGCGCCAUUCGACCCCAGCCGCGGUUUCCAAUACGUGUGGAACUCCGCCAUUGGCCAGUGGCAGAACAUCCCCAUCCCCGCCGAGACGCCCAUGUUCCGCGGCCCCAACAUCAACGUACCCCCGCCGCACAUGCCGCCCCCAAAACCCGUCGUCCCCGCUUACUCCUACGCCAUGCCGCUCCCCCAACUCCCCUAUCAAGCCACCCCUCCGCCGACCACCAUCCCUCCCCCACUUCCGUAUCAAACGCCGCCCCCGCUGCCCAUGACCGCCCCCGUCGAUAAGGCGAAAGACGAGGUUAAGUUUAUGGGGCCGAUUCCGCCCCCGGUUAAGUUGCCGCCGAAAUGGAAAACCGCCAAGGACAAGUACGGUAGGCCGUAUUAUUAUCACGUCAAGAUCAGGAAGAGUCAGUGGGAACCACCGGCCCCGUCAAAUGACGAUGAUAUGUCUGAAAGCUCAUCGUCUACCGAAUCCAGCAGUUUGAGCUCUGAUUCGAGCUCGGACAACUCGGAUUCCGAGGACGAUGUCGACGAUACCAGGCUGUUAUUGCAAGUGCGGAAGCAGAUGGAAAAAUCUGCCAAACUAACGUUCAAUAAAUCCGCGAUACCGCAACACGUCAGGGGCGAUAGCAGCGUGACCCCGAGCCCCGAUAAUGCCGACGAAGAAAAGGACGAAGACAAAAUGGAUUUUAACGGUGAUGUCGAUGAUGACGAUGACGAUUCGGACAAACUGACUUCCAUCGAUAUAAGACUGAAGGAGCAAUUCGACUUUAUGAACGAGGAGAGACCCCCUCCCACCAAGAAAAGGAGAGUUGGGUUGGUGCAAGAAAGAAUAAUUAGCCCAAGAACUGAAGAAGACAGGCUGCAAUUCCGCGAAGACCUAAAACGUUACAAGUACAACAAGGAAAAACUGAAACGGGAGAAGGAGAUAAUGCAGCAGCAGCAACAACUGGCUGCCAAAAGUAAGCCGCGCGUCGAAGUGGUGGAGGUGAAGAAAGCGCGCGUCGAGGUGGUGGAAAUAAAAAAGCCGAAAGAGAAGAAACCGCGCACUGCCAAGGCAAAGAUCAGGGAGAUGUCGGAUUUCAACAGCGAAGCCGCCAAAAAGAUCAAAGAAACGUUCAGAUCGAACAUGGCGCAUACGGUUGUUAGUGUCUUGAAUGCUUACAGGAAACCUGAAUGCAAAGAAGCUCGAAUAACGAAUACUGAAGACUUCAAACACUUGGCUAGAAAGUUGACUCAUUUCGUGAUGUUGAAAGAAAUGAAGCACAUCUCAAAGAUAGAAGAUUUGACUUGUACCGACAACGUAAAAUCUAAAGCUAGAGAGUACAUCAAAAAAUAUAUGAGUAAGUUUGGGGAAACAUACCAAAAGAGGGCUGAUGAACCUGAUUUUAAAGAUUGA